CGCAAUCCUGUGUCCAUGGCAUUAAACGCGGCCCCUGGCUCCCUUCCGCGCCGGCUCUGCCUCCUCUCGCGGCCGCUGGGCCACGGCCUUCCCCGGGAGCCGCGGGGCUCGGGACGCCGAGCGGCAACAGAAAGCCGCGCUUCCGUCCGGGCGGGGCGGGGCUACAAGAAGCUCCUCCUUCCCCCCAUGUGCCCUGCAUGCGCAUGCGCAGGGCGCGGGUUCCGGUCCGAGCGCUGCCGGCUCGUGUCCCUGGGUCCCGUCGCGAUGCUUUUCUACUCUUUCUUCAAGUCCCUGGUGGGCAAAGAUGUGGUGGUGGAGCUGAAAAAUGACCUCAGCAUUUGUGGGACACUCCACUCCGUAGACCAGUACCUGAACAUCAAGCUGACAGACAUCAGUGUGACAGACCCUGAGAAGUACCCACACAUGCUGUCAGUGAAGAACUGCUUCAUCCGGGGCUCAGUGGUCCGCUACGUGCAGCUGCCAGCCGACGAGGUGGACACACAGCUGCUGCAGGAUGCUGCGCGCAAGGAGGCACUGCAGCAGAAGCAGUGACCUGUCCCCCCGGAUGCCUGGGUUCCUGCCUCGGACCUGAGCACAGCUGGAGCCCACAUCCAGACCUCCCCACACCCCUGUGUUCCUGUCCUGGCCCCCCCCCCAGGACACCUGGGCUAAUAACUCAGAGGUGCCUGGCUCCUGCACUGUCUUGAGCAGCACUGGAGCCUACAUCUAGAUCCCCAGACACCUGGGUUUGUGCCCUUCUGCACACCUGGAUCCCUGUCCCAGUCGAACAGCGGUGGAGCCAACAUCUACCUCCCCGGACGCCUGGGUUCCUGCUCCGGUCCUGAGCAGAACUGGAGCCAUAUCUAGGCCCCUGGGUGCCUGGGUUCUUCCCCCCUGCAACUACUGGGGGGUUCCUCUUACGGGACCCCACCCCUUUUUUUCACCACACUCUUGAAGGCCCCUAUUUUAGCCUGAUCCUUUGUUGCACUGAGUUUUCUACCCCUCCUUUGGUUCUUUUAAGGCAGGGUAUCUAGUCUCCCUGCCCACUAUGGGAUAGAUUUCAGGGUCUGGGAGGGGGUUCCAGCACCUGGGGGGCAAACAGUCACAUGGGGGCAUCUUUGGGGCCUUGUCUGUGCAUAGA